GCUCUGCGCGCCCGCUUCCCUCCCCGGGCUCGGCGGCUGCCAUUUUGGGUGAGAGGUCGGUGGCGGAGAGGGAGGCAGGAAGUCUGCCCGGGAACCUCUUGCUUGCCCUUGUAUCUCCUUACAGGAGCGGGCAAUCGUUAACAAGAAGGGCGCGCACAGCACUCGAAAUCAUGUUGUCCCGCGUCGUUCUGACUUCUGCUUCGACUCUGAAGACAUCAGCACCUAUCAGCGCCAGUUUAUUGUCAGUAUCCAGGACUUUUCAUACGAGCCAUCAGUCUCGGAGACCAGUGCCACCCCUUCCCGAGGAAGGAGGCAAGGUACGCUAUGGUCUGAUUCCAGAAGAAUUUUUCCAGUUCUUUUAUCCCAAAACCGGGGUAACAGGCCCUUACAUAUUUGGCACUGGGCUGUUGACUUACCUUCUAUCAAAGGAAAUUUAUGUCAUUAACCAUGAAACAAUUUCAGCUAUAUCAAUUGGCAUUGUUAUCCUCUAUGGUGUCAAAAAGUUUGGCAAGGAUGUGGCAAAAUUUGCUGACAAAUUGAAUGAGACCAAAGUUGAAAAAGCACAAGAAGUGAAAGAUGCAGCCAUAAACAGUCUGGAGGAAGCUAUCAAACAGGAGACGAAAGAACAAUGGAGAAUAGAAGGACGUCAUCACCUUUUUGAUGCAAAACGGAAUAAUGUUGCAAUGAUGCUAGAAACCAACUACCGUGAACGACUGCACAUGGUGUACAAUGCAGUGAAGAAACGCCUGGAUUACCAAGUCAGUCUCCAGCAUCUUCAGCGAAGGCUUGCACAAGAACAUAUGGUUAACUGGGUGGAGAAGAGUGUAAUCCAGAGUAUCACACCACAGCAGGAGAAAGAGAGCAUUGCCAAAUGUAUCUCCGACCUCAAAAUAUUGGCCAAGACAGCACAAGCAAAGUUUUAGCCUUGAUGCAGAACUACUGACAUAAAACUCAUCUGGAGAUAUGUUCAUGUAAAUGUAGUUUUGAAAUGUGUAAUCUAGACUUCCAAUAAACUGAAGUGUUCUUGUAAACUGGAGAAGAAACAUUAAAUCCAGUGCUGAUAAAUCUACAGUUAA